AUGGACCCGAUUGGAAUAAACAAAGUCUUGGACCAUUUAGCACCCUCAGAGCUUAUCAAACCUGUUAAGAGUUGCCAUAAUAAACCUUCAGUGUUGGUGUUGGAUGACAGGAUUGUGGAUGCGGCAACCAAAGAUCUCUACGUGAAUGGGUUCCAAGAAGAGAUUCAGUAUCAGAAUCCUACACCGGAGAACUUGCAACAUAUGUUCCACCAAGGUAUUGAAAUAUUGGAUUCGGCAAGGAUGAUCAACGUGACACAUUUAGCGCUUUGGAAGCCUUCUUCUUUUAAGUUGGGGAAUCCUGUGGACUUUGCUCUAGAUGAUAACUACGAUACGUUUUGGCAGAGCGAUGGAGGGCAACCACACCAAUUGGACAUUAUGUUUAGUAAGAGAAUGGACAUCUGUGUCAUGGCAAUAUUCUUUUCGAUGAUUGCGGACGAGUCCUAUGCUCCAAGCUUAGUGAAAGUUUACGCGGGGCAUAGUCCUUCUGAUGCGAGGUUUUAUAAGAUGCUUGAAGUGAGAAAUGUGAAUGGCUGGGUGGCACUAAGGUUUCUAGAUAAUAGGGAGGACGACCAGCUGCUGAAAUGUCAAUUCAUCAGGCUUUUGUUUCCAGUCAACCAUGAAAACGGAAAAGAUACACAUCUGAGAGGCAUAAGGCUAUAUGUUCCAUCUAAUGAGCCACAUCAAGAUACCCAUGAGUGGGCACAGACCCUCCCAGAAACUAACAAUGUCUUCCAGGAUGCUAUAUUACGUUAA